UCUUUAGGAAUCAUUCUUAAAUUAUUAGUGUCUGUUUUGUGUGUGGCAGUCAAGUGAUGCUGUUAGAUGAUGACCAGGUGCCUCUAUUGAGAGCAACUUCCACAAAACGUGUGAUUAGGAAAUCUUUUGUACGAAACCAACAAACUUCCUUCGUUCUUCGUGGUCAUUUCAGUAGUUUAUGGAUAACCUAUUUCUCGUGGAAUUUGUUAUUAUUGCCUACUGUACCACUGGGAUUGGUACUCGGUUGGAUGGGUUAUAGUGAAACCUGGACAUUUAUUGUGAAUUUUUUAGCGAUAAUUCCUUUGUCCACCUUACUAGGUAAUUCUACAGAAGUUAUUUCUUCCCACACAAACGACGUAAUUGGCGGGUUAUUGAACGCUACUUUUGGUAACGCAGUUGAAGUGAUUUUGGGUGUCAGUGCACUACGAUUCGGUCUUAUAGACGUCGUCAAGUCGACACUAUUAGGAUCUGUUUUAUCAAACUUAUUAUUUGUUCUAGGCUGGAGUUUCUUAUUGGGAGGUCUCUUUCAUACAAUGCAACCCAUCAAUCCAGCCAUCGCAGACUCUAACACUAGUGUUCUAGCGGUUGCUUUAUUUGGAUUUACUAUCCCAGCAGUAUUCUCAGCAACAGAAACGGAACUCUCUAAAACCAAUGUGCAGAUACUUUCCUUUCUAACCGCCAUUUUCAUGUUUCUCCUAUAUCUCUUGUUUCUAGUAUUCGAAUUGAUUACUCAUGCACAUCUGUAUGAUAACCACAAGAUGAUUCGUUCCUCAUCCAAGCGCAUUUCGGAGGAAGAUUGGAAUGAUUCUCAAACACAGGAACUAGUAGAUGCCACUUCGACAGGUUCUUUAUGGCUUGCCGUAGGAAUUCAACUUGGCACCGUUAUUUUGACGAGUUAUUGUUCGGAAUAUUUGGUACAUUCGAUACAAGGUUUUUCCAAGAGAACAAAACUUUCAAGCAGCUUUGUUGCCUUUGUUUUACUUCCCAUUGUUGGUAAUGCUGCUGAACAUCUAGCUGCCUGUGCAUUUGCUAUCAAAGGAAAUAUUGAUUUGAGUAUUUCCAUUGCUUGUGGGAGCAGUGUUCAAGUGGCUCUCUUUGUUGCACCGUUACUGGUUAUCAGUUCUUGGUUUAUGCCUGGACCUUUGCUUACUCUAGAUUUUCACCUUUUUGAAACAGUGAUGCUUGGGAUUGCUGUAGCUGUAACGAGUCUUGCGUUGAGGGAUAAUACUAGCAACUGGUUGGAAGGUGCGGAAUUGCUCAUUUCGUAUGCCGUCAUUUCUACCGCUUUUUUUCUGAAAUAAUUAUUUUCUGUUGGAUCAUUUGUUGAUCGAGCGACAAAGCACCGAAAAGGAAAACCGCGCGUGCACAAGAGAAGCCAAUAAUGACUGUUGGGGA